CGUGCCACAGAAGUCGGACGGAGCGACCAACAAUGGAGCGAGAGCAAAAGAAGGGUACCAUUUCCCACGAGCUGGGGGCGGGAGCGCCGUGCCUCAAGUGCCGGGAGAAGUGCGAGGGCUUCGAGCUGCACUUCUGGAGGAAGAUCUGCCGCAACUGCAAGUGCGGCCUUGAGGAGCAUGACAUCCAGAUGGAGGAGGAGGCGCAGCGCAAGGUGGGGCGGCUGUUUGAGGAUUCUCGCUACGCCGGGGUGGCCGAUAGAAUCCGCUCCGACAUGGAGACGCGGCUCGAACAGCAGCAGCCGCGGGGAGUGGGCGGCCACAACCACCGCAUCGUCCUGGACGACCGCUCUCCCUCCGCCCAGCUCUCCUUCAGCUCCCUCUCCAUCGGAUCCUCCUCCAGCUCCUCCUCCAAUUUCGACUCUGGCUUCGACUCCGCUUCGCUCGCAAGCGCCGGCUCCGGAAUGCCCAGGUCUGCCGGCGCUGGUCCCGGAGAUGGAAAGGUCUCCGGUUCUGCUGCCGGUGGAGAACCUGGAUUGCCCCGAGCCCCUGGUUCCGCACCGGGGGCCGCGACGGGCCGGGAUUCUAAAACUGGCGGCUCCGUGGGUGUGGGCGGCUCUCCUGGAGGUCCUGGCUCGGUGCAACUUUCUGGGUCGAGUACGGCUCCACCCGCUGGCGGUGUUCCGAGCCGCGUCCCCGGCGCGGCGGGCGUCACGGUGGCCGGGGGGGACGUUCGGACCGCGGUGGUGCUAGAGUGGGCGCCUCCCGGGCUCGAGAGGGCCGUGGCACGGCGCUACAUCGAGCUGCUGCCCAGAGACAAGCAGCCCAUCGAGGGCAGCCAGGGCGCCAUGUAUCGGCGCAGGCAGCUGGCCAGACAGCUGCCAGAGCACGACCAGGACCCCAGCAGGUGCCACGACCUCUCUGCGGCCGAGGUGAAGCAGAUGGAGGACUUUGUCAAGAAGUACAAGGCGGAGGCGCUGGGUGUCGGGGAUGUUAUGCUGCCCCACCAGGUGCUGCUCAUCCAGGGUGGUGUCGGUGGCGGCUUUACCCAUGGGAUGGGCCCAGGGGCCACAGGCUCUGCAAGUUCAGCGCACGGCAGUGGCGCCGGCGGUGGUGGUCAUCCCUCUGCACCGCCGGUCGGUGGCGAGCUCGCCGGAGGAGCGGCCGACAGCCCGUCCCGCAAGAGGGUCACGGCGUCUCUCUUCAUCGCGGGGAGGAAGCCCGGAGCCGGCGCUGCUGACCAAUCGCAAGCGGACAACGAGGGCUUGUCUGGCCAGUCGGGAGCCGCGGGGCAGAAGAGUGGCUCGUGGAACCAAGCAGCAGGUGGAGGGUCAAGCCAGAGGGGUGGUGCUGGUGGUGCUGGUGGUGCUGGUGUUGCUGGUAGUGCUGGCGGUGCUGGUGCCAGCGGUGGUUUUGGUAGUGCCGCUGGUGGUGGUAUUGCUGGUGCCGCUGGUGGUGCUGGUGGUGGUGGUGCCGCUGGUGGCGGUGGUGCUGGCGGUGGUGCUGGCGGUGGUGCCGGCGGUGGUGCCGGUUGGGUUGGAGGUUCAGCUGCCUUUGCCCAAGCAGCUGGGGAAGCUUCCGUCGGCGAAAGAGGAGUCGGAGAUGGAGCGGCACAGGCGCAGAGAGACUAUCGCUGCAACCGCUGCAAGCAGCCGAUGCAGCAGGGCGACCCCGCGGUGUUUGCGGAGCGCGCCGGCUCGCAGCACCUGUGGCACCCCGGCUGCUUCUGCUGCUCGGCGUGCGAUGAGAUCCUCGUCGACCUCGUCUACUUCUGGAAGCGCGGGAAGCUCUACUGCGGCCGCCACUACUGCGACACGGAGCGGCCCCGCUGCGGAGGCUGCGACGAGUUGAUAUUCUCCAAGGAGUACACGCAGGCGGAGGAGCAGAACUGGCACCUCAAGCACUUCUGCUGCUUCGAGUGUGACUGCGUUCUGGCCGGAGAGAUCUACGUGAUGGAGCAGGACAAGCCCGUGUGCAAGCCCUGCUACAUGAAGAAAUACGCACGGUCAUGCCAGUCUUGCCAGGGCAGCAUUGAGCCGGAGGCUCAGCGCGUGACGCUGGGGGAGUUCAGCUGGCACGCCGAUCCCACCUGCUUCCUGUGCUCCUGCUGCGGCAUCCCGCUCGUCGGACUGCGCUUCCUGCCGCACCAGGCCAUGAUCUUCUGCUCCGCCGACUGCCGUGGCAAGGUCGUGGGCUGAGCCCCACGGAAGGGCCUUUUUGGAGAGGCCUUAACCAGCAUAGAAUCGAUGAUAAUGGGUGAUGAUUAUACGUAUCUGUGGGCCGGGGAGUGUCUUCGGGGCCUCAACACGCGGCCCAACCAAGGAAACUGCACGUGAAUCGUGGCUGAAGUUGGCGAUUUUGGGACGUGUAAUCAAUUUUCGAUUGCCGAGUACUUGAGGCUUUUAGCAGCGGCAUGACGUAACCCCAUGCGUGGCGUUGUCAUGACGCUAACGUGUGGUGGGAAUGUCAAAAAAAUCGUUAAAGGUUAUAAAUGCACGAUAUGUUGAAUAGUAAUUUUUUGAACUUCUUCAAGUACUUGGUGAUCGUAGAUUGAUUACUUUGAAAUCAUCCCUACAAUGUAAAUUACCAAUUACAAAGCGGCGGCUGGAAAAAAGUGGAUGAUGUUUUACGUAUGAGAUGUGGUCAAAAAGCUUGUGAAAAUGAUUUUAUCACAAAUUAGUUUGGUGAUUACUGUGUCAGUCGUAGUGCACAAGCAGAGUUAACAGAGAAACAAAAUCAAUUGUCAAAUAACACUGUGUGGGCUUAAUAUUAAACAUAUAUAAUUGGCGAAGUUUUGAGUAAUGACCUUAAUGUGCGAAGAGAAGGGCUAUUGCUGGUAACAUCACCUAUCGUAGAUAUUUUCCUUACAAGGCAGUGUUUUUUUAUCUUGUCCGUAAUAGUUUCUAAUUUGUGUGACGCCCCCCUUCAAAGGCGUCUCUUUCGCUGCACAGCGACUGCCCCAGUUGAACACGGAAUUUUGCGUCGACGUCAUUGCUCAGUCUACGCGCGAUAACCCUCACGUGGUUCCAAACUCGCACUGACUGACGGGCCCUGCGGUGCGAUUGGCCCCGCCGAAGCACACGACUGCGUUCGCACAAUUCAGGAGGUGGUAACGAUGAUGAAUCCAGGUUACAUAUUAGCAAGAAGCGCGGGCCAUUUAUUUAACUCCCUAUUAUCGUGAUAAAAUUAUUUCGUGAGCUUUUGGAUUAGCCCUCGUGGGUAAAAUGUUAAGUAAUGCAAGUCAAGUUCUGUGUGGGCAUUGCAUAGCUGCAACUGUUAUAUUUGAUAAGCAGUCUCUUCUGUUUUCUGGGUGAAUGCUCCUGAUCAGUGUUUAUUUUUUUCAUGAACGACGCGGCAGUUGGCUGUGGAUCUGUGGCUAUUGAUGUGUAACCCCUUUUUCGGAGCCUACAAAACACGCUGAGGAUUCAGUUUUCGUUCCGGAUGGUCACAGAGCCAGGCUGACACUUUUUUCCCAUUGAGUAGUAGGAUAAAUAGAACUCUGUUUAUUCAAAUAUGAUAUUUAAAAAAUAAGAUUUAAGUAGAUUUUCAUUUCACAAAAUAGACUUGUUUUUCCUGAGCAACCACUACUCGUAUCGUCUACUGUCAUUUAGGCAUUGCUUUCACAGUAGCCUUGUGAUUACAGCCGCCUGCAAUUGGUUGGAAUGUCACGUGUGUUUUAUUCCUAUUAUUAAUAGGCUAAGCAUUAGAGUGCAGUUUUUAAAGAUAAUAAUUCACAUUUUUAUCCUGGUGGUGAUGAGGGUACGGUUCUGUGGAAGCACAUUUAUAUUGUUAAACGCCUGACGAAGAUUGAAAAGGAUAUUUUAUUAAAAGGCUUUAUGACUCUCAGGGGUCGGAGCGAAUUCGGGAGGCUCGCAGAACCAGACUAAGGCUCUCUGUAUUUUAAGUGUCGAUUGCUAAUUCCUGCUGCUGAUAAAACAGGAAUAAGGCCCAUUUCGGAGGUUCACAGGACCAGGCUAAGCCUUCCUUCAAGAUCACGAGUUCAUGUUAAUUCCUGAGGCUCACAGGGACUAGAAUCAGGAACCCCAUGAGAUUUAUCAGAGUUCAGCGUGAAAGAUUGUUGCUUGCCCUGCUUCUUCUUUCCCUCUCGAUACUCUUUUUUGUUUUUGUUUUGCUCAUUCACAAAACGAUGGGUGAAAUGUAGCUUGCGGUUUAUUUUGGGGCACAAACUAGCACGUGCUAGGGGUGUUUUUUUUUUACUAUUUUUAAUUUCGCGGCUGUGUAAUUCUACGCGGCGUUGCAUAACUACUGGUUAGCACAUCACUGCUUUACGUUGGUGAAUAUUAAUAAUAAUGAUGUUGGCGUUAUUAGUAGUGAGGGGUGAGGGUGUAAUGUUUGGCUGUCUUGUGAAUGUUUAAAAAAAAAAGGUCUUCUGUUAUGGUGCACAAAAUUGGAUAGCAAUACACUGGGCAUCAGGUUUCAUUCUUUAAGAAUGUGAAACAAGGAAAGUUCCUCUUUCAUUAUGCACUGUAUCUGCUGAGUUACUGUCAACUGAGUGCCUUUACUGCAACUUGAACACACUCUAGGCCUUACACGGUUUUGUCUUUGUUUUUUUUUAGCACUGUUGCACGUUUUUGGAGCAAAUUUAUUUAAGGUUACGUGUGAAGGUAAUUAAAUGUAAGGUACAACCUUAUUUCAGAAAUGUUAUUUUUUGUUCUUAAUAUUCUCGUGCAGGAAAGACAAUCCAGUAACAAAAAAGUUAAAUCGCAAAUUGCCAGGCCAUGGUGUUUACACCUGUGAUUCAUAAUUUUGGUAGAAAAAGUGAGUGUAUUACAUGGAAAUUUGUGAAACGCAAACCCUCUGGGCUGAAAGGUGGCGCCAGGCAGUGAAGCAGUUGUUGUGAGUCUGUGUGCUCACCAUUGAGUGUUAUCACCUCGUACACUCUAGGUUUUCUCUGCCACAUACUCCAAAUGCAGGCCCCAUCGUGAACAAUAAUUGUGAUAUUCAAUGAGGCCUCGCUUGAUGAAGAAAAGUCAAAUAACAUUUGAGCACUGCUGACUGAAUACCCUCAUGCCUUGCGGGUAGUGAGGGUUAUCUGUCUGACCCUGCCCAUAAUGUAGCCCAGCCACCUAUAAAACCUGUUUUUAAACGCAACCAGACUCAACUCUGCUUAGCUUAUGACAUCUGACGCCAGAAAUGAAAAUGUCUUCCUGCUCAAAUGACCAAUGAAGGGGGUCGUGCAUCUCCAUCGGCCACCCUGAACCAGUGAUGGGAAUUCCACGUUCAUGUGACAAGGGCCAGUCCACCCAAAACAUGUCAGGUCCUAGUUUAAAAUAACUGGAGUGCGAAUGAAGUGUACUGUAUUGUACUUUAUCACGGACAUGUGCUAUUUGAGGGAUUUCUUUUUUGUAGUCGGGUAUGGCGUUUUAUGUGUGGGUUAUAAAAAAAUAAAGGUAUGGUUUGAUUUUCAAA